AUAAUAUUAGAUCCUCGCUUAUUACCCAAACUCAAAAGCUUGCCCUAAAACCAUUAGUGAAAUUUUUGAGGUGGGCUCUAAUUUUGAUUGUUUAGAAGCUCGGCUCUGUACAAACUGUUUCCUUAAUAUUAGAUCAUCGCUUCUUGACCAAACUCAAAUGUCUUGACCCUUCUCUCUCUUUCUCACGAAGCAGAAUUGUUCCAUCUUGUUUUCUGUGUUGUAAUCUUUCUGUCUUUGGGAAUUUGUGGAGAAAGAUGGUUUUGUAGAGAGAAUUUACCAUCAAUGGAUUCUUCUCGGAUAAGAACACAAUCUUUCGAGCAGUCGGAAAUAAACUGGGACAGGCUUGAUAAAACCAAGUUUUAUGUCGUAGGAGCAGGCCUUUUUUCUGGGAUCACUACUGCCUUAUAUCCAAUAUCUGUGAUAAAGACGAGGCUCCAGGUUGCUUCAAGAGAUUCAGUAGAAAGAAAUGCUUUUUCGGUGGUUAGAAGCAUCCUAAAAGUGGAUGGCAUUCCAGGCCUCUACCGAGGAUUUGGUACCAUUGUAACUGGUGCAAUUCCUACAAGGAUUAUUUUUCUUACUUCUUUGGAGACUACAAAGGUUGCUGCUUUCAAAAUGAUUGAGCCAUUCAAGCUUUCUGAACCCAUGCAGGCUGCCAUAGCCAACGGUGUUGCUGGCAUGACUUCUUCUCUUCUUUCUCAGGCAGUUUUCGUGCCACUUGAUGUGGUGAGUCAAAAAUUGAUGGUUCAAGGAUAUGCUGGUCAUACAAAAUACAAUGGGGGGCUGGAUGUUGCUCGUAAAAUUCUCAAGUCUAAUGGCUUUCGAGGGCUAUACAAGGGUUUUGGCUUAUCAGUAAUGACUUACUCCCCAUCAAGUGCUAUGUGGUGGGCAAGUUAUGGUUCAAGCCAGCGCUACAUUUGGAGGCUCUUAGGCUAUGGCAAUGACCAUGAGAAACUAGUUCCUAGCCAGUCGACAAUUAUUUUAGUUCAAGCUACCGGAGGAAUUGUGGCAGGCGCUGUGGCAUCCUGUGCAACAACCCCUUUGGAUACCAUCAAGACUCGUCUCCAGGUGAUGGGGCAUGAAAAAAGAGAAACUACCAAGCAAAUUGUUAAACGGUUGAUUGUGGAGGAUGGAUGGAAAGGAUUAUAUCGAGGGUUAGGCCCGAGAUUUGUCAGCAUGUCAGCAUGGGGAACUUCUAUGAUUUUGGCUUAUGAAUAUCUAAAGCGUAUAUGCGCGAAGGACAUACAGAUUUGAUGUUAUUAUCAUCAAUAACUUUCUCUCUCAUUCCCAAUACCAAUUGGAGGCGCAAGUGCUAGCUUUUACGUAUCACAUAUCAUAAGAUUGACUCAAUAGAAAUUGCAUUCAUUCUUCUUGGUAUACUGGACAUUAGAGCAAAAAGUAUCAGAGGAGGCUACACCAUUCAGUUUAUUUGGCAGGGUAAAUACUAUUGUUUGUACGAGGGCAUAAUUCUUUGUACUUGAUUUUUUUUUUCUCUUUUUUACUUCGUGUAUGAUUCAUAGUGGUGUACCAUUGGAAGGACGCCAAUUUUGAUUCGAGCUCAAAGCUCUAUUAUCGAUUCUGUUCUUUGCCGUGUAAACAAUGUUUUGAAGCAAUCUAUAAAUUUCUUGUUCA